GCAAUAUUUGAGACAUUCAACUGCUAAUGCUAUCUUUCUAUGCGGAAGACGCGGCAUCUGUCGUGGUUGUGGCAGCUUCCGCAGAAACCCCCUUAGGAGCCUGCUUGGGGUUCCUCGAAAACUUCCGGGCCAACUCCGCGGUUCUUCCUUUCUUCAACCCGCAGACAGCGCGCGGGCUGGCCUCGAUUCCAACCAGCCACGCUGGGCACGCUCAGUGUUCGCUUGGAAUCUUCUAAAGCAUCGCUACACCUCUCGAGCCCUGUCUACAGCAAUGGCUCCAACCCUCCGCUCCUCUUCCUCCCGUGUUCACUCCCCACCUACCACUCCAUUUGAUGCGCCCAUGAUGGCCAGCACAAAUACUUCAGUUCCCGAGGCCACGAGGUCCAGCAAGCAACGGCGCACAGGCAUCAAUUCGCGCUCCGCCACCGCUCCGCCACAGAACGCGCCGGAGCAACAAGAUAAUGGAAGCAAAGAGUGGGCCGAACCUCUGGCCAGAGCGCCGGCCCCUAGCUAUGCGGAUAGUCCCUGGUCAAAUCACUGUGAUAGUCGGAACCCCGUCUUAAACACAAUGCGCCCUUUGGGGACUCGCCCUUCGCCGGCCGACUUGCGGAAGGUCGGCUUAAUGCCUAAGACAAUCCCACCGAUAAUACCUGCCAAGAGAAGGUCUGGUGUCGAGUCUAACGAGCCCGCGCCACAGAAGGCUAGCCCACUUGUUGAUAUUUCCGCGUUUGCGACGCUUCCCAUACCUACCUCCGCGCACGUCGACGUGGAGAAGAUCAAAGUGGCCGUCAGGGAGGCUCUACGGCUGGCGACAGAGACCGAAAAUCGCCCGGUCAGCCGCGGCCUCCUCCGCCUGUGGGAGUCCUGCCUCGAUGACCCUUUUGCCCUAUCUGUGUUGGAGGGCGUAUGCCAAGGGAAUCCUGGCUCGCGCGAGAAAUCUGCGUUUCAAACUAUCAUGCGGGCCGCCUGGGACGAAGUGAAAGCAGAAGAGGCUCGAGCACAGGCAGAAGCCAUCCAAGAAGGAACAGAAACUGAUUCAGUGCCAAUUGUGCCUCGCGCUCGAUCGGCAAGUAGUGUUUCAUCAUUGUCUUCAGUGAAUACGUUCGAAGAUGUCGAUGCAGGCGCGGCCGCAGCACAGGUUCCUGGCUUAGCCCCUGGAUCAAAGGUUCCCCGCGCAAAGGCCAAACACACCCGUUCCGCCGGGCUUAGCAAAGGUGCAACAGAUCUCACAGCUCGUCACUCGAUGCCACCAACCACGGUCAGCACUCAAGUGAAGCAUGCUUUGGAAGAGGACGAAGUACAGUCUGAAGAGUUGGAUAGGAUAGACAGGAUCAAGCGCAUCAAACUGCAGACCCCCCUGCCCACCAUCAUUCCUACUGAGAGCCAAGUCCGGCCUCUGCAACCGACUGAUAUUCCAACCCCAGGUCGCUCACCCACUCCACCUUUUGCUCAUCCUUCUGCACCAACCCCUCCUCCAUUUCUCUCAGAUCGCCCCGCCCCUCAAGCUGAUCUGGUAACGUCAGCUUCUUUGGGAGAAACGGCGGAUAACCUGCCUGAUAGUCGAGCUAGCAGCGAAGCUGGUGACAACCGUCGACUCACGCCAACUAUGGUCGAUACUGAAGACGAAAGACCCGACAACGAUGAGAUCUGUCAUGAAUGCAACAACAGCGGCAAUCUCCUUUGUUGCGAUGGCUGUACUAAUUCCUACCACUUUUCAUGCUUGAAACCCCCCCUGGACCCGAACAACCCUCCAGAGGGAGACUGGUAUUGUCCCAAGUGUGCCAUGCGACGAUCCUUCCGUUCCAUAACUAGCAAGUUUGAUCAACGUUAUGGCGGCAAGAAAGAAGUUAAGGAUUUCCAACUUCCCCCUCGGAUCCGUGAUCAUUUCACGGGUGUGAGGGUGAACAAGAAAGAUAGCCAGUCAUAUGAGGCCAUAGUACCAAUGCCCAAGCCGAAAGGGCGCCGUGGUUACCGCAACGGUACCUACGAUGAUCCUCAUCUAUUUAGGACAGUGGACGCCCUAGGGGCCCCUAUCUUCUGCUUCGCAUGUGCAGGAAAUGCUGCCAGCGGUCGGCCUAUCAUUCAGUGCGAUGUGUGUCCUCUCUCGUGGCAUUUGGACUGUCUCGAUCCGCCCAUGGCCGCCCCACCAGCUCAAGUCCCAGGAAGUGAUCUUGCGCAUCACAAUUGGAUUUGCCCGAAUCAUGCCUGGCAUGAUUACGUUUAUGCCAUCAAGGAUGAAGAAGGUUAUGAUGUUUACAAGCGUAUCCGCCGGCCAAAGCAUCCCCGGAUGGUCGAUAUAGACGUUCUUCUCUCCGAUGACGAGAUCACCCAGAUGGAAGACCAAGAAGAAGGCAGCGUCAGGUACCGCGUGUCAGAGCAAGGAAUCAAACACACCUUCAUUAGCCAGGUCAAAAGAGAAAACGUGGAGUAUCAAUUGCUGAAAGCAAACGCGAACAAAUUCCUUGAGCACGCAACUGCCGAGUAUGACAAGCUAAUUGCGGACGCCCGCGCUGCCUUACCACCACCACAACCCUUGCUGGCCGAUGAGGAUGCAAGCACGACCAUCUCAAAUUCUCGCACCGUUGCUGAACGCCAGGCGGCAGCCAACCUUCUUGAAUUCGCUCAGCAGGAGCAUCUCGCCUCUCCAGACGCCGGUGAUAGGAUGAGCUUGCUUAUUGACCAACUCCGAGCUAAUGCUCCAGAGAUCCGGCCCUCAGCUGAGACUGAGAUAGCCUCCCUACAAGCCUUGAAGGACCUCAUCGACCGACGUGUCCGGGAUCUGGCGGCUCAGCAAUCACGACAAUCAUAAACACCAAAACGCCUUGAGCCGCCAGAUCCCGGCGCGCGUCGCACAGUUUCGAGGUUUUAGAAAAAACCUCUCAACAAUACAAAUGAGGCUCGUUCAACGAGCGGCCUUCACCUUUUUAUUAUUAUUAAAUCUGCGCACAAUAUACGCGUAUAUUCUUAUGACGACGAUUUGAUACGAUAAUUUGACUAUUUGCUGUUAUAUCAUUAACCGUCUGUUCUGUGGCUGCAAGCAAGGCGACGAAUUA